UAUUAGAAUUAUAUGUAAGUUUCAAUUAUAUAAUUAUCAUUAGAUAAGGUGAUUGGAAGUUUUAUAUAUAAGUCUUUUGGAUUGGAAUUAAAAUUCGAAUUUAAAAGUUUCAAAAUGAUGUGGAUCUAUAUGGUGUUUGGUUUUCUGCUCAGUAACGCAAUAGCAGACGAUAACACCAAAUUUCCAGAAGGGUUUACGUUUGGAGUUGCAACGUCGGCCUACCAAAUAGAAGGUGCUUGGGAUGAAGAUGGAAAAGGUGAAAAUAAUUGGGACAGAGUAGCUCAUACCAUUCCAAAUUUUAUUUACCAUAAUGACAGUGGUGACGUUACCUGCGAUUCUUACCAUCAAUGGGAAGAAGAUAUAAGAAUUUUAAGGGAACUGAAAGUUACACAUUAUCGAUUCUCAAUUUCCUGGUCAAGACUCUUGCCACAUGGUUUUAACUUCGAAGUAAACCAAGCAGGCGUAGAUUAUUACACAAAUUUAAUAAAAGCUUUAAAGGCCGCUAACAUUGAACCAUAUGUAACUCUCUUCCAUUGGGAUUUGCCACAGUUUUUGGAAGCACUUGGUGGAUGGCCAGAACGAGAGAUUGUAAAGUGGUACUCAGAGUAUGCAAGGCUUUGUUUCGAACUUUUUGGGGACGAUGUCAAACAUUGGAUGACCUUCAAUGAACCAAAGCAAACCUGUACAAAUGGAUAUGGAUCGGGAUCUUAUGCUCCUGCCAUCAAAUCCCCUGGUGUUGGAGAAUAUAUGUGCAUCCAUAAUCUUAUAAAAGCACAUGCUGCAGCGUAUCACAUAUACGACACGGAGUUUAGGGAUAAACAGAACGGAAAAGUUGGUAUCGUCAUUGAUUCAGCUUGGUGGGAACCCUAUAACGCAACAACAGAUAGUGAUGCUUCUGAACGAUUAUUACAUUUUACUUUUGGUAUGUAUGCAAACCCAAUCUUCUACGGAGAUUAUCCAGAAGUAGUCAAGUCUUCGGUCGCUCGACGUAGCCAGAUUCAAGGUUUCCCAAAUUCUCGUCUUCCUGAAUUUACACCAGAAGAACAAAACACCAUCAAAGGAACAAUCGAUUUCUUGGGAUUAAACCAGUACUCAUCAUUUUACGUUACAGAUAAGACAGACGAUAAAGAUGGAAUGGGUUAUGACGCAGACGCUGAAGUUAAAACAUGGGCUGACGAAAGUUGGCAACAAGGCGCUGCUGAUUGGCUUAAUAAAGCCCCUUUUGGUAUCCGCAAUAUGUUAAAAUGGAUUAAGAAAACUUACCCUGAUAUUCCUGUUAUCAUCACUGAAAAUGGUUGGUCAGAUUUUGAUGGAACUUUAGACGACGAACCAAGGAUCGAUUAUAUAUCGAGCUAUCUUAGUAACGUAAAAGCCGCAAUGGACGAAGACAAAGUCAAUGUAGUAGGAUACACGGUUUGGAGUUUGCUGGAUAACUUGGAGUGGUUGUUUGGUUUUACAAACAAAUUUGGAUUAUAUCACGUUGAUUUUAAUGAUCCAAAUAGAACGAGAACAGCGAAGAAGUCAGCAAAAUGGUACACAAAUGUCAUCGAGAACAGAUGUUUAGGAACAUGCGAAUAAAAAAAUUAAAUUGCACAUAGAACUCCUAAUGUUAAGAUGCAUACAAAUAAAUAAUUUUACGUUGUU